AUGUCAAUCAAAACUCGCAUCUGUCUGAUCUCAGAUACACAUACCCUACCCCCAAAUCCACCACAGCGAACAAACAAUGCCUAUCGCCACCCACUCCCCAGCGCCAACAUCCUCCUCCAUGCCGGCGACCUCACAAAAGUGGGGUACCGCCAGGAGAAUGAGGCAAUGCUCCAAAUGCUGCAACAAGCAGAUGCAGAACUGAAACUCGUAAUCGCAGGCAACCACGACAUAACCUUGGACGAAGAGUACUUCACAAGCUACGGCUACAAGCGCCACAAACACCCCGAAGCACUGGGCGACAGCACGACCUUCCUGACAGAUGAUGAAACUAUCCAAAGACCCCUACGUACAUCAUCCAAUCCACCAGACAAGACCGAGCUAGCAGCCUACGCACGCUCGAUCAAAGAUCUCUGGACCGGCGAAGCAGCACGGUGUGCAGGUAUCAUCUACCUCGAAGAGGGCGUGCACUCAUUUACAUUAUCAACCGGAGCAACGUUCACUGCCUACGCAUCACCAUACCAACCCGAAUUCUACAACUGGGCCUUCGGAUACCCCCUCACAGAAGACCGAUUCAAUCUUCCCUCAUCUGGAUCAUCAAGUCCGCCACCAAAGAAUCCAAUUCCUGAUUUCCCGGCUAUUGAUAUCCUCCUCACACACGGCCCGCCGAAGGAUAUCCUCGAUGCCGUCCCGCCUGAUUUGAAUGUUGGCUGUAAGCAUCUCAAGAAGGCGGCUUGGCGGGCUAGACCGCGGUUGCAUGUCUUUGGGCAUAUCCAUGAAGGGUGGGGUGCGCAGCGGGGGAUUUGGGAUGAAGAUGGGCCUGAGGUUGGGAAUGUGAAGCUUGAAGAUGUGCCUGUGGAUGCUGAGGAUAUGUUGGAGUUUAGGGGCGCGUUCUGUGAUGUUAGUAAUGGGGCGGAACGACCGCUGAAGGUUGGGGAGGAGACGCUUUUUGUUAAUGCUAGUGUUGUUACCGUUAAUUAUGUGCCGAGAAAUGCGCCUUGGGUUGUUGAUUUGGAACUUCCACUUAAGGAGGGGAGGGGAUAG